CUCUCUCUCUCUCUCUCCGUCUCUGUGUCUGUGUCUGUAGGGUUGCUUCCCCCUCCUCCUCUCCCGCUCGGGAAUUGCUGACGUGGUCAUGGCCUAUGCCCAGCCGCUCGCAAGCCAAGACCGCGACCUAACCCACUUGGCCACCGCCGGCCGGGCAGUCGCUGUGUCCUGCCUGAUUUCGGCCUUUUGCAAUGUGCAUUGGAAUGGUGCUCCGCCGGAGGCGGCAGCUCUUUUCUGUUGGCACCUCUCACGAACAGCCGGCUCCCCGGAGGCCCUUCGUGUAGCCGAGUUUGGGUGUCAUCUGAAGGCCUUUCCCCUGAGCCUGGCCAUCGGACAGCUGGCGAGCAUCGUUCAGGACACACCCGACGACCACUUUCAGACCGACGCCCCCUGGCCCGAGUACACCGCACUGUUGAUCGAUGUCAUGGCGGCCAUCUCGGCAGCGUGCCUGUUUGAAGAGGUCCCAGCCGCAUGUGAUCUUCCCUUCAACCACCUCCUUGCCUCAAUUGACCGGGUCCUCGGCCCGGCCGUCGGCCACGCCGGCCUUUUCCCCACGGGCGAGGACUCGCCUGGUGCGGCAUCCUUGGCCGCCCUGCUGGGAAUUCGCAUGUCGGUGGCUCGUCGCACCGGGCAUUUCCGCGAGCUCCUCGCGCGGGGGCCUCCCUCCAGCCGGCCGGCGGGCGAGGACCUGUCCUUCCGCCGACACCAGACAGAUGUGGCCUUCUUCGUGCGAUCGCUCAUCCACAUGAUCCUCGGCGACGCUCGGCCGGCCGGGCCCGAGGGGACACUGACUGAUCGUGAAGCCCUGCUUCAUGGCCGAGCCAUGGCCUUCAUCCGAAGUUUCUGGUUCUCGCCCCUCUUUCCUAUCACGCGCAGCAUCACACUGGCGGUGACGGCGGUUUAUGCGGCCAUGCUGAGCCCAGUCGGGAAAGAACCCCCCGGAGGGCCGGCACCCUCGGUGCCUCCAAGCCAAGAGCGUUGGUGGCGGGAAACUGGCGUGUCGGAUGCCGACAUCUCCACGGUCCUGGUGGAGGUGGAUCGACUGCACCGGCUCCUGGGCGCCGUACCGACGGCGACCAUGGGCUAGCGCCCGCGCCCCGAUGCCCGCCUCGUGCGUCGCGCCGUUCUCGCAAGGCUCGACCCAGGCACAAGAGCAUACACGACGCGUCCUGCCCUGUGGUCCUUUCCCCCCCC